ACAUGCAUGUGUGAUUCGAGGCCAAGUGAUGACAGCAGAUGGGACCCCUCUCGUUGGAGUGAACAUCAGCUUUGUCAACAAUCCUCUUUUUGGAUACACAAUCAGCAGACAAGAUGGCAGCUUUGAUCUCGUUACCAUUGGUGGGAUCUCCAUUAUCCUGCACUUUGAACGGGCUCCCUUCAUCACCCAGGAGCAUACAUUGUGGCUGCCAUGGGAUCGCUUCUUUGUGAUGGAAACCAUCGUCAUGAGGCAUGAAGAGAAUGAGAUCCCAAGCUGUGACCUCAGUAACUUUGCCCGGCCGAACCCUGUGGUUUCUCCAUCUCCUCUGACAGCUUUUGCAAGUUCCUGCUCAGAAAAGGGUCCCAUUGUUCCUGAAAUCCAGGCUCUGCAGGAGGAGAUUAACAUUUCCGGUAGUAAAAUAAAAGUCAGUUACCUGAGCAGUCGCACAGCAGGCUACAAAUCAGUCCUGAGGAUCAGCAUGACCCACCCCACCAUCCCCUUCAACCUCAUGAAAGUCCACCUCAUGGUGGCUGUCGAAGGACGCCUCUUCAGAAAGUGGUUUGCAGCUGCUCCGGACCUGUCCUAUUAUUUCAUCUGGGAUAAGACAGAUGUCUACAGCCAGAAGGUGUAUGGGCUCUCAGAAGCCUUCGUGUCAGUAGGUUAUGAGUAUGAAUCCUGUCCUGACUUGAUCCUGUGGGAGAAGAGGACAGCUGUGCUGCAGGGUUAUGAAAUUGAUGCUUCCAAACUUGGAGGAUGGUCGCUGGACAAACACCAUGCCCUCAACAUACAAAGUGGCAUCUUGCAUAAAGGAAACGGGGAAAACCAAUUUAUUUCCCAGCAGCCACCUGUAAUUGGAAGCAUUAUGGGCAACGGCCGCAGACGUAGCAUUUCUUGUCCAAGCUGCAAUGGUCUUGCAGAUGGGAACAAACUCCUGGCUCCUGUUGCCCUAACAUGUGGGUCUGAUGGAAGUCUUUAUGUUGGAGAUUUCAACUACAUCCGAAGGAUCUUUCCCUCUGGAAAUGUCACCAACAUCCUGGAGCUGAGAAAUAAAGAUUUCAGACAUAGCCACAGCCCAGCUCAUAAGUAUUACUUGACCACAGAUCCUAUCACCGGCUCCAUCUACCUCUCCGACACCAACAGCCGACGUAUCUAUAAAAUCAGGUCAACCACAUCAGUGAAAGACAUUGUGAAGAACUCAGAGGUCUUGGCGGGAACCGGGGACCAGUGCCUCCCGUUCGAUGAUACCCGCUGCGGAGAUGGAGGCAAAGGCACUGACGCGACCCUUACAAACCCCAGGGGCAUCACUGUGGACAAGUUUGGGCUGAUUUACUUUGUGGAUGGCACUAUGAUCAGGCGAAUUGAUCAGAAUGGAAUCAUCUCAACAGUAUUGGGUUCCAAUGACUUGACAUCUGCUCGGCCUCUGAGCUGUGACUCUGUCAUGGACAUUUCACAGGUUCGUCUGGAAUGGCCCACGGACCUGGCCGUCAAUCCAAUGGAUAACUCGCUGUACGUCCUCGACAAUAACGUCGUGCUACAGAUAUCUGAGAACCACCAAGUGCGCAUCGUGGCGGGGAGGCCCAUGCAUUGCCAGGUGCCAGGCAUGGAUCACUUUCUCCUUAGCAAGGUGGCCAUUCACGCCACACUGGAGUCUGCCACCGCCUUGGCCGUCUCCCACAACGGGGUCCUCUACAUCGCCGAGACCGACGAGAAGAAGAUCAACCGCAUCAGGCAGGUCACCACCAACGGGGAGAUUUCACUCGUUGCCGGGGCACCCAGCAGCUGUGACUGCAAGAACGACGCCAACUGUGACUGCUUCUCGGGGGACGAUGGGUACGCCAAGGACGCCAAGCUCAACGCGCCCUCCUCCCUGGCGGCGUGCGCGGACGGGGAGCUCUACGUCGCUGACCUGGGAAAUAUCCGCAUCCGCUUCAUCCGGAAAAACAAACCGUUCCUCAACACCCAAAACCUCUACGAGUUGUCCUCACCCAUAGACCAGGAGCUCUACUUGUUUGACACCAGUGGUAAGCACCUUUACACGCAGAGCCUUACCACUGGAGAUUAUCUUUACAAUUUUACUUAUUCCGGAGAUGGAGACAUAACCCUGAUCACUGACAAUAAUGGCAACUUAGUCAAUAUCCGAAGAGAUUCCACGGGGAUGCCCCUCUGGCUGGUGGUGCCUGAUGGCCAAGUCUACUGGGUGACGAUUGGUACCAACAGCGCACUCAAGAGCGUAACAACACAGGGGCAUGAAGUGGCCAUGAUGACAUACCAUGGCAACUCUGGUCUCCUUGCCACUAAAAGCAACGAAAAUGGUUGGACAACGUUUUAUGAGUACGACAGCUUUGGCCGCCUGACCAACGUGACCUUCCCCACUGGCCAAGUGAGCAGCUUCCGCAGCGACACCGACAGCUCCGUGCACGUCCAGGUGGAAACCUCCAGCAAGGAUGAUGUUACAAUAACAACUAAUUUAUCAGCAUCGGGAGCCUUCUACACCCUGCUCCAAGACCAAGUCCGGAACAGCUACUACAUCGGUGCUGACGGCUCGCUCAGGCUGAUGCUCGCUAACGGCAUGGAGGUGGCCCUGCAGACCGAGCCACACCUGCUGGCUGGCACCGUCAACCCCACGGUGGGGAAGAGGAAUGUCACCCUGCCCAUCGACAACGGCCUCAACCUGGUGGAGUGGAGGCAGAGGAAGGAGCAAGCGAGAGGACAGGUCACCGUCUUCGGACGUCGGCUGAGGGUCCACAACAGAAACCUGCUGUCCCUCGACUUCGAUCGUGUGACAAGGACAGAGAAAAUCUACGAUGACCACCGCAAGUUCACACUCCGCAUCCUCUAUGACCAGGCAGGGAGGCCCAGCCUCUGGUCACCCAGCAGCAGACUGAACGGGGUCAAUGUCACCUACUCCCCAGGAGGACACAUUGCAGGGAUUCAGAGGGGCACGAUGUCAGAAAGGAUGGAGUAUGAUCAGUCUGGCAGAAUUACAUCCAGGAUCUUUGCUGACGGCAAAUCAUGGAGCUACACUUACUUGGAGAAGUCCAUGGUGCUGCUUCUUCACAGCCAGAGACAGUACAUCUUUGAGUUUGACAAGAACGACCGGUUGUCAUCGGUGACCAUGCCCAACGUUGCCCGUCAGACUCUAGAAACCAUUCGUUCCAUUGGUUACUACAGGAACAUCUACCGGCCACCAGAAGGCAACGCCUCAGUCAUUCAGGACUUCACAGAGGAUGAGCAGCUCCUCCACACUUUGUACUUGGGCACGGGGAGGCGUGUCAUCUACAAGUAUGGGAAGUUGUCCAAGUUAGCUGAGAUGCUCUAUGACACCACAAAGAUCAGUUUCACGUAUGACGAGACCGCUGGCAUGCUGAAGACCAUCAACUUGCAGAACGAAGGGUUCACGUGCACCAUCAGGUACAGGCAGAUAGGACCCCUCAUUGACAGGCAGAUUUUCCGUUUCACCGAGGAAGGCAUGGUGAAUGCACGCUUUGACUACAACUAUGACAACAGCUUUCGGGUGACCAGCAUGCAAGCCGUCAUCAACGAGACACCUUUACCCAUUGAUCUCUACAGGUAUGAUGAUGUGUCUGGCAAAACGGAGCAGUUUGGUAAAUUCGGAGUCAUUUACUACGAUAUCAACCAGAUUAUCACGACUGCUGUCAUGACUCACACUAAACAUUUUGAUGCCUAUGGCAGGAUGAAGGAGGUCCAGUACGAGAUAUUCCGGUCUCUCAUGUACUGGAUGACUGUGCAGUAUGACAACAUGGGGAGAGUGGUCAAGAAAGAGCUGAAGGUUGGCCCUUAUGCAAACACAACCAGGUACUCAUACGAAUAUGAUGCUGAUGGCCAGUUGCAAACAGUGUCCAUCAAUGACAAACCACUCUGGCGUUACAGCUAUGACCUCAACGGGAACCUCCAUCUGUUGAGUCCUGGGAAUAGUGCCCGCCUUACGCCGCUCAGGUACGACCUCAGGGACAGGAUUACUAGACUGGGGGAUGUGCAGUACAAAAUGGAUGAAGAUGGCUUCCUGAAGCAAAGGGGCAAUGAUAUUUUUGAGUACAAUUCAGCUGGCCUUCUCAUCAAAGCCUACAAUAAAGCUAGUGGGUGGAGUGUGAAAUACCGCUACGAUGGCCUAGGAAGGAGAGUCUCUAGCAAGACCAGCCAUGGCCAUCACUUGCAGUUCUUCUACGCAGACCUGACCAACCCAACGAAGGUCACCCAUUUAUACAACCACUCAAGCUCCGAGAUCACUUCCCUCUACUAUGACCUCCAAGGCCACCUCUUUGCAAUGGAGCUCAGCAGCGGUGACGAAUUCUACAUCGCCUGCGAUAACAUUGGCACUCCUCUGGCUGUCUUCAGUGGGACUGGCUUAAUGAUUAAGCAGAUACUGUACACAGCAUAUGGGGAGAUCUAUAUGGACACCAAUCCCAACUUCCAGAUCAUCAUUGGCUACCAUGGAGGACUGUAUGACCCCCUCACAAAGCUUAUCCACAUGGGACGGAGAGACUAUGAUGUGCUAGCGGGUCGGUGGACAAGUCCAGACCAUGAUAUGUGGAAGCAUAUGAGUAGCAAUAACAUAAUGCCUUUCAACCUGUAUAUGUUCAAAAACAACAAUCCUAUUAGCAACUCUCAGGAUAUCAAAUGUUACAUGACAGAUGUCAACAGCUGGCUGCUCACCUUCGGGUUCCAGCUGCAUAACGUCAUCCCCGGCUACCCCAAGCCAGACAUGGAUGCAAUGGAGCCAUCCUAUGAGCUAAUCCACACACAGAUGAAAACCCAAGAAUGGGACAACAGCAAGUCAAUUUUGGGGGUCCAAUGUGAGGUGCAGAAGCAGCUGAAGGCCUUUGUCACUCUUGAGCGCUUCGAACGGAUCUACAGCUCCAGCAUUGCUGGGUGCCGGCAGGUCAAGAAGAACAAGAACUUUGCCUCUGGGGGCUCUAUCUUCGGCAAAGGUGUCAAGUUUGCCAUGAAGGACGGACGCGUGGCCACUGACAUUAUCAGCGUGGCCAACGAGGACGGGCGGAGGAUCGCGGCCAUCCUGAACAACGCCCAUUACCUGGAGAACUUGCACUUCACCAUCGACGGCGUGGACACGCACUAUUUCAUCAAGCAGGGGCCGUCCGAGGGCGACCUGUCCAUCUUGGGCCUCAGCGGCGGGCGGAGGACCCUGGAGAACGGCGUGAACGUGACAGUGUCCCAGAUCAACACAGUGUUAAGUGGAAGGACUAGACGUUACACGGACAUCCAGCUCCAGUACGGCGCGCUGUGUCUAAACACCCGCUACGGGACCACCUUGGACGAGGAGAAGACCCGCGUCCUGGAGCUGGCCCGACAGCGCGCCGUCGCCCAGGCUUGGUCCCGGGAGCAGCAGAGACUGCGGGAUGGGGAGGAGGGUGUUCGCUCGUGGACAGAAGGGGAGAAGCAGCAAGUGCUAAACACGGGCCGGGUACAGGGCUACGACGGCUAUUUUGUGAUCUCAGUGGAGCAGUACCCCGAACUCUCAGACAGCGCCAACAACAUCCACUUCAUGAGACAGAGCGAAAUGGGCAGAAGGUGACAGAGAGGGUCCACGCGGUGACUUCUUGCCAAAGACAGCUACUCUUUUGUGGCCACUUACCUGACUGUGUUGUACUCAACCCUUUUUCUAAACUGAACAAGGCAGGGGGGAGGAAAAUAGAAAGAGAAGGAAAAAUACGGUUGCACUGUAACUCAUGCAACAUACCUUUUUUUUUUCCCCUCUUUAAUUUGGCCUUCACGCGUUUUUUGCAAUGAACAGAAGGUAUAUUUUGCCGUAGUGUGAUCACAGUGAAAUUUGCUGUCUCUUGUCCUUUUUUUUGGGUUUGUUUUGCUUUCCCCUCCCCUUUGUGAGGAAUUUGAAGUGAGGAGUCAUCAACGUACAUACGUCCUUAGGUGUGAAGUGCAAAAUGGGUGUCUGUGCUAACUUGUGUCAUCCUAACCCUUUCUGAUUUGGGGCGGGGACAGGUAGCCUUCCACCCGAAACACGGGGACCCCGCAGUGUGCUGGAGAGCUCUUCCCAGGAAGAAAGGAGAUGGGAAAGGACGCUGAUUUCGAAACUCCAGAAGCGACCGUCUGAAUCAUGUGCCUCAAAAGAGACCUUUCAAGUAGUUUUUCACAUUUCACUUGGGACAUAAAGUGGUUUUUUGGGGGCUCCUGCUGAGCAGAAGUAGAUUAUAGAGGCAAAGGAGCUGAUUAUAUUAACUUGCAAGAUGAUUCUCUUCCUUCCUGAACUGGAAUAAAAAAAGAAAAAAAAAACGUCUUUUUUCAUUA